UAGUUAUUGUUCAAUUUUCCAGCACAGUGCUAGAAGCCAUGAGUGUCCACAACACUGGCAAAGACUUGGACCUGCAAGAGCGAGUGUCGUAUAUUCACUCGGCAACCAAAGACGACGAACCGAAAGACGGAGACUACAACGAAGCUAAGACCCCUGGCGAGCUCGAAGACGGCGCGUUGGUGGCUGGUGGUGCCCUCAACAUGUGCUCCCGCGAAGCCAUGGGCCUCUUCUCACAAUACGCCGCUAUCGGCGUCAUCUAUGGCAUGAUCCCAGCCCUCAACUACCCCAUUUUCAACGUGUACCUGCAAUUGGAAGGGUACCAGACGGCGUCAUACAGCACCCUCGUGACGUUGGGCUGGUCGUUCAAAGUGUUCAUGGGCAUGUUCUCGGAUUGUUUUCCCAUCUUUGGCUACCGCCGCAAGUCGUGGAUGUUGAUCGGGUGGACGGCCACUAUGAUCUGUCUGAGUGUGAUGACGUUCUCGUCGUUGGGCGACCCAUAUUGCAACCGCGAAAAGGCUGAGGAGCGAAAGUCCAGGGCGUGCUCCAAGCCGUACUCGAACGCGUCGGUGACGGAUCUCGACUUGUUCAACGUCAGCGCGCCAGACAACGGCAGCUUGUUUAUCAUUUUGUCCAUGUUUGUGUCGCUGGGGUACGUCACGGCUGCGUGUGCGUCCGACGCCAUGGUGGUGCAGUACGCCCAGCGCGAACCGCUGGCCAUCCGUGGCCGCAUCCAAACGGCCAUCUAUACAGUACGCACCUUAGCCGGCAUUAUCUCGUUGGUUGUGACUGGUUUCGGGCUGAACGGGACCAACUACAACGGGUCGUUCUCGUUCUCGAUGGCCCCCAAUGUUCCGUACGCCAUCUGUUUGAUUCCGUGCGUGAUUGUCGUCCUCACAACGUUGUUCAUCGUGCAAGAGACGAAGACUCCGGCUACUCCCUUCAAGGUGUGGGUGGGUCACUUCUGGGACUUACUGCAGAAGCGCGUGAUGUGGCAGAUUUGCGCGUUCCGGUUUAUCAACAACAUGUUCCAAAGCAUCGGGUCCACGGCGGGGUCUCCUAUGUCCAGCAUUUGGGCUGACGUCGAGCCCUUGAACGACUCGUUGUCGGCUAUCAUUGGGAACGCCAUCUUUUCCUUCAUCUUGGUUGCAGUCGCCAAGUGGGGAUUGCACUGGAACUGGCGGUGGACCAUCGCCAUUGCGUCCGUCGGUGUCAUCCUCGUCGAUGGGUUCGUCAUCUUUAUGACGAUCUGGGACGUGGUACGCAACCAGUGGUUCUACACGGGCGUAGCGUUGGCCGACAACAUCCCCGGUGGCGUGCGCUUUAUCGUGGCGACGUACUGUGCCGUGGAAAUCGCCGACGUCGGCAACGAAGGGGCUACGUACGGCUUGGUCACGACCGUGUCCAACUUGGCGUCUCCGUUUGCCUCCGUGCUCUACAAGUAUGUUGAUUCGUACUUGACACUGUCGCAGGACGAUCUCAUGAGAGACACGACCGCCGUGCGCUGGGACGUGACGUACUCGUACUUUAUCGCUUUCGGGUGCAAGUUGUUUGCGUUGACAUGGUUGUGGAUGCUGCCUCCCCAGCGCCUUGAAAUGCAAGAGCUCAAGAAGAAGGGUGGCAAGAGCAAGUUGGCCGGGGUCAUUUUGAUUGUGAUCUUCACGUCCUGCUUGGCAUUCUCGGUCACGUCCAGCAUCAUGUCAAUUUUUCCUUCGACCAAAUGCUACCGCAUUGCUGGUGGCAACGGCAAGUUGGACCCCAACACGGGUGGCUGCCCCGCUGUGAAGGCCAAGAAGGGUUAACCGACCUAGUCCUUGGUUAUAUAUUAAAGGUGUUCAGUAGUGUCGUUCAAUAAAGUUCACAUCACUA